AUGCCGUGGAGCACGCCGUCGACGGUCCGCUCCAACCUCGCCUGCUCGACCCUCCGACACCCUUGUCGACGGUGGCGGAGCGCGCACAAAGCAGGCAUGGCACCGACAAACGCAGCGGCUACUGCACGACUGACCGACCGGCUGACUGACGGACCGACCGACCGACAGAUCAGAUGGCCGUCAGGUGCGAGCCUUCGGUUCUGCCAUCUUCCAGAAGCCCACGCCCCGGCUCACACCUCCACGCCCGUGCCCACGCCCAGCCCGGUAGGUCCCGGAGCCGGCCUGAUGGUGCGAGCUGUGAUCGAGCGUCGCAUCCGGACUUGCAGCCUGCCUCUGCAGCCUGCCCUCGCUGCCGACCGCCAGCCGAUGGCGACAUCUCGAGCGUCGUGGCAGACCGCCUCCUCGGCAGACGCGGGAAAGAGGCCGCCUUCAUUCGUCGCAUUCUUGCCCACUCUCCCCCGACGCUCCACGCCGCCAGCUGGCCAAUGUUGCAGCCGGAGACCCCGAGCCUCCCCAUCGUCCCUCCUGCCGCCUUCCCUCCGUCCGGCUCUCACCCUUCGUGCCAGCCUGACCGCGGACGAAGGUGCCGGCACCGCACGCACGUAG